CGUUCUUUCCAUUCUACGCGAACAUUCUCCCACGACGGCAAAGCGGCGAGUUGGCCUGGCGUUCCCAUUCGCAUCCUCGGAUCCUCCCUCGGCGCGCGCGUAAUCUGAGUUAGCUUGACUUAUCACCUUCAAGAGGAUAAGAUGCUGUGGCGCACAAUACGCAGUAUGGAGGUUAUGGUACAUUCUUCUAGUUUCCUUCUUCCAAAAUUGCAUCAGCCAGCCAAGACUCCAGCAAACAACUAUAAUCUGGUUGUUCUUAACCAACAUCUUCCACGAUUCAUGCCUCGUCUCUGGGCUCAAGCAAAGUUGAGAAUAUGUGCUGAUGGAGGAGCCAAUCGUAUUUUUGAUGAGAUGUCUCAGAUGACCAGUUAUGAAGACGAUGAAAGCACCAGAAAUAGGUAUAUUCCAGAAAUAAUUGAGGGGGAUAUGGAUUCUAUAAGGCCAGAAGUAAAAAGAUUUUACUCUUGUCAGGGAACCAAAAUUUCUGAUAAAUCCCACAACCAAGAGACAACAGAUCUGCACAAAUGUAUUUCUAGUAUCCGCGACCGCACUCCUAAUCAUGAAAAGUCCAAUCUCUGCGUUCUCGUUACUGGAGCACUUGGUGGAAGGUUUGAUCACGAGGCUGCAAAUAUCAAUGUUCUCCAUGUGUUCUCGGACAUGCGGAUUGUGCUUCUCUCAGAUGAUUGCUUAAUCCAACUUCUUCCCAAAACACAUCAACAUGAGAUCUAUAUUGAGUCGUCUUUAGAAGGACCACAUUGUGGACUUUUUCCAAUUGGAGCACCGUCUACAAGUACUACAACGACUGGCCUCAAAUGGAACCUGAGUGAUGCAAAAAUGAAAUUCGGCAGCAUGAUUAGCACGUCCAACAUCGUGGAUUCCGAGAAAGUGACCGUGCAGUCUGAUGCAGAUCUUCUAUGGACAAUUUCUCUUCGAAAUCUUACCUGAAGGGCUUCCAUCUCCGUUUCAUUUGAAACAUCUGCCUUGUUUCCUUAUAGUGAAAUCUUUGACAUCGAUGUGCACGUAUCAGCUAACUAGCUAAGGUCAGACCUUGUACAGUGCAGUUGAAUUUGUGUUCAGAAGUUGUUCUGUAUAUCUGGUAAAUAAAUCCGGUGGCUCGUCGUUGAGCCUAUGUUCUCAGAUUGAUUGAAACCCACGAGGUUACGAUAAUGA